AUGGAUCAACGCCCCAAAAACCUCUUUGGGCCCGACACGCCCUGCAACCUCGACAACUGCCCCGUCGAAUGGUCCAUGUUUGGCUACCGCCCGUCGCUGGCGGCCAACGUCGUCUUUCUCGUCUUGUUUGCGCUCAUCGGCGCCGUGCACACGUACUUUGGCGUGCGCUGGCGCAGCUGGGGCUUCAUGACGGGCAUGCUGCUGGGCUGCGUGGCCGAGAUUCUGGGCUACGUGGGCCGCAUCAUGAUGUGGCACGAUCCCUUUUCCUACUACGGAUUCAUGAUUCAAAUCAUCUGCCUCACAAUCGCCCCCGUCUUCUUCACCGCGUCCAUCUACGUCACCCUCUCCAAGACGAUCCGCUACUUUGCCGCCGACCUCUCGCGCGUCAAGCCGCAGCUGUUCUACUGGGUCUUCAUCCCCUUUGACGUCGUGUGCCUGGUCCUGCAGGCCAUUGGCGGCGCGCUCUCGACGACGCAGCACGACGGCCGCCGCACCGGCGUCAACAUCUCCAUGGCCGGCCUGAUCCUGCAGGUCAUUGUCAUUGCGCUCUUCAUGGUCGCCUUUUCCGACUACAUGAUCCGGCUGGCGCGAUCCGGCCGCGCCCGCUCCGAGCUCAGGGCGUGGCGGAGCGUCGCCUUUUUCGGCGGCCUCGUGGCCGCGUGCGUCUUCAUCCUGACGCGCUGCGUGUACCGCGUCGCGGAGCUGCAGGACGGCUACGCCGGCAAGCUCUUCCGCGAGGAGACGCCAUUCAUCGUGCUGGAGGGCGUCAUGGUCGUGCUCGCGGGCAUCGCGCUCAUGUUUGGCAGCCCGGGCCUGGUGUUUGAUAAGCCGGCGGUCAAGAACGGCGCUGCGAUGCGCGGCAAGCACAGCCCCUCGGACAGCGAGGAGGGCAUGUCGAUGGGAGGAUAUCAAGGAGAGAGGUUUACGGGAAGCGCGGGACCUUCAGGCGCGGAACGUGUUUAA